AUGUCAUCGAAAACAAUGCACAACGAGCACAUAAAACGACCGAUGAACGCGUUCAUGGUUUGGUCAAGAGGUCAGCGACGGAAGAUGGCGCAGGAAAAUCCAAAGAUGCAUAAUUCCGAAAUAUCGAAGCGACUCGGUGCCGAAUGGAAGCUUCUCAGCGAAGGCGAAAAAAGACCGUUCAUCGACGAGGCCAAAAGACUGAGGGCGCUGCACAUGAAGGAGCACCCUGACUACAAAUACCGUCCACGGCGAAAGCCGAAGUCGCUUGUGAAGAAGGAGAACAAAUUCGGUUUUUCCCUAUCGCCGUUGAUGUCGCCGGGAGAAACGCUGAGCGGAAUACCUCGUAGCCUCCUGCCCCCAAUGCCGCCGCCGACGCACUCCCUCCUCUCCCACGAGGACCUAAAAAUCCCCCGUUUCUUCCCCCCCUUUCCCUACCCCCUAUACCCCCUCCACCACAAGCUGGGGGACGACUUCACGGGAGGCAAACUCGCCGCGGAGUUCUCGGCCUUCCAGGCGUUAUACGGUAGCACCUUUUACUCCCAGGCGGCGGCCACCGGCUGGCCAGGACUCGGGACUCAGUCCUGCGCCCCGAAUUGCGGAUGUCCGAGUCCUACGAGCGAGUCCAAGAGACCGCUGUAUCUGCUGGUAAAACCGGAGGACCGAUUUUCCGCCCCGAACAAAGCGGAGGAGGUUGGCAAGGACGUGGGGUCAUCGCCGGGGGUCGGAGAGCCGCCCGACGAGGAUGCCGGCUACAGGGAGAGAAGUUUCGAGGGUUCGACGGCGGGCAGAAGCGCGUCGAACGGAUCCGUCAAGCCGGGGGCGGUCGACGCUUGUCCCUUCUCGGUUACGAGCUUGACCGGAAAUCCCCCCGACGCCUCCCACCACGUCAUAUGAAGACCGCUUCCGGUUCUCCCGGAUCUGAAUUUCCGCGGGAACCACGUACCCUCCGGUUGGACGACACCUGACUGGUGGAGGAUACCCCCCAUGCUGUCCCCCAUUCCUCGGGCCACCGUAACCACCGUUACCACCGUAAACGGAUCUGCGGCCUGCGGUGCGGAGGACAGAAAUUCGGCGGACGAUGUUGUUAACCGAUCCGCGCCGGGAGAUGCGGAUCUCGAAUUGGACUGCAGAUCACCGGCAAAGGUCAACGGCGUUUAGUAGCAAUUGUGAAUUUAACUGUGAACUGUUACCUACAUGUUACACGCGAUUCCGCGAUGCGGGUUACAACUCCUCCGGUAUAUCCGGGCCGUUUCUUUGAAACCGGAUCUCUUUUCUUAUUAUAUUGCUAAUUACAGCGCGCUG